AACACUUACCACAUUUACACAAGCUAUUUAUUCCACAUAAAAUUAAAAUGCAAUUCGUAUACUGUGAUAUCGUUAAUCACACCAUUUAGUAGCAACAUUUGGUGUGCUACUGUUUCGGGAGCGAGCGGUAUUACCCAGCUGGCAAGCCAUUUGGCUGCAGCUGAAGGUCAUGGCCGAGUCAAAUGUAACGGACGCCAGGCACGCAGACACAUUAAGUCCAAGCCAACAACAUUAUUCGCUGGCCAAGAAUUGCGCAUGCGCAACAUGGACAGCAUUGUCUUCGUCAGUUGGCAGUCGUUGACUUGGCAACCGUUGCGCGUGCUCCGCAUAACCAAGCAGCAGCUAGACAGCCAACUAGCCAGCGAGACCCGAAAACCAAUGAAAAGUGUAAGUGCUGACGCUUCGGCAUUUGGCUAUAAAAGCGCAGCGCUGUCUUCAAAUUGGCAUCACAAAUCAACUGGUCAUUCACUAGCUGACAACUAUCCCAAACCCAAACAAUCAACAUGUUCAAAUACUUCGCCGUCUGCUUCUUCGCUGUUGUGGCUGUGGCCUCUGCCAAGCCCGGCAUUGUCGCUCCCCUGGCCUACACCGCACCAGCUGUGGUCGGCAGCGCCGCCUACGUGGCACCCUACGCCUCCAGCUACACCGCCCACCAGAUCGCCCAUAGCGCCGCAUUCCCCGCUGCCUACACUGCCCCAGUUGCCGCCGCCUACACCGCUCCUCUGGCCGCCGCUUACACCGCCCCCGUUGCCGCUGCCUACACCGCUCCAGUCGCUGCCGCCUACACUCGCUAUGCUGCCGCUGCUCCUCUGGCCUACAGCGCACCUUUCGCCGCUCCUUAUCUGGCACGCCCUUAUGCCGCCGCCCCUCUGCUGCUGAAGAAGUAGAGUGUGUGUAGUUCAAUAUAAAUAUAUAUCCCUGUAUAUAUAUGUAUAUUUGCAUAUCGCAUACCUCAACCAACAGCUUGUGAUUUUGUUUACGACAUUAAAAUAAAAGUUUAAGUUUCAUUGAAA